UGGCCCCCGUUUUUUUUUUUUUUCUUUCUUUCUUCCCUCCUCUUUCCCCAUCACCCGUUUUCCUCAGUCUUGGAAAAUCCUCCGUGGGAAUUUGGGAUUUUUUUUUUUUCCUAGGCGGGUGUCAGGGCAUCUUCCCCCCCCGCCGCCUCGCUCCACCUGCCCUUGCUCGUUUUCUCUUCUUUUCCCCCGUCUGCCUCGCCACCAAACCCGGGCUGAUGUGCUGUGCGAGAGGCUGGAAAUGGAAGUGUUGAUGCUCUGGCUUUUCCCCUGGAUAUUUCAGUGCGUUUCGGUGCGGGCGGACUCCAUCAUCCACAUCGGUGCCAUUUUUGAAGGCAAUGCUGCCAAGGACGACGAGGUGUUCAAGCAGGCGGUGUCGGAUCUGAACCUCAAUGACGACAUCCUCCAGAGCGAGAAGAUCACCUACUCCAUCAAGCUCAUCGAGGCCAACAACCCCUUCCAUGCGGUGCAGGAAGCCUGUGACCUGAUGACCCUAGGGAUCUUAGCCUUAGUGACAUCCACUGGCUGUGCCUCGGCCAACGCCCUGCAGUCCCUGACGGAUGCCAUGCACAUCCCACACCUCUUUGUGCAGCGCAACACGGGAGGCUCCCCACGCACGGCCUGCCACCUGAACCCCAGCCUGGAGGAGGAGGAGUACACACUGGCUGCCCGACCACCAGUCCGCCUCAAUGACGUUAUGCUGAAACUGGUCACCGAGCUGCGAUGGCAGAAAUUCAUAGUCUUUUAUGACAGUGAUUACGAUAUACGCGGACUGCAGGGAUUUCUCGAUCAGGCCUCCAGACUGGGACUUGAUGUGUCAUUACAAAAAGUGGACAGAAACAUCAGCAGAGUCUUUGCCAACCUUUUCACUACCAUGAAAACAGAAGAGCUGAACCGCUAUCGAGACACAUUGCGAAGGGCUAUCUUACUCCUAAGCCCACGGGGAGCCCAGACUUUUAUUAAUGAGGCUGUGGAAACCAACCUUGCAUCAAAGGAUAGUCACUGGGUCUAUGUAAAUGAGAAACCUAUUGAGACCAUCUUGGUGCUUCUCUGUGAGGAACUACCUCCACAAUAUGAAAUCACCGAUAAUGAAAUAUUAGAGUUGGUACAUAGUGCUCUGGGGAGGAUGACAGUUAUCCGGCAAAUUUUCCCGCUCUCAAGAGACAACAAUCAGAGGUGCAUGAGGAACAAUCACCGAAUAUCUUCACUGCUGUGCGAUCCACAAGAAGGCUAUCUUCAAAUGCUGCAGGUUUCCAACCUGUACCUGUAUGACAGUGUGCUUAUGCUAGCCAAUGCUUUCCACAGAAAACUGGAGGACAGGAAAUGGCACAGCAUGGCAAGUUUGAAUUGCAUGAGGAAAUCCACCAAACCUUGGAAUGGAGGACGAUCCAUGCUAGAGACAAUUAAGAAGGGCCAUAUAACUGGGCUUACUGGUGUUAUGGAGUUUAGAGAAGAUGGCGCCAACCCCUAUGUUCAGUUUGAAAUACUGGGCACUAGCUACAGUGAAACAUUUGGCAAAGAUGUCCGGAGGUUGGCCACGUGGGACUCUGAGAAAGGACUGAAUGGUAGCCUGCAAGAACGACGUCUGGGCAGUGACUUACAAGGAUUGACACUCAAAGUGGUGACUGUCUUGGAAGAACCUUUUGUGAUGGUGGCAGAGAACAUACUUGGGCAACCAAAACGUUAUAAAGGAUUUUCCAUUGAUGUCCUGGAUGCACUUGCCAAGAAUCUGGGUUUCAAAUAUGAGAUAUAUCAAGCUCCUGAUGGUAAAUAUGGACAUCAGCUCCCAAACAGCUCCUGGAAUGGCAUGAUUGGAGAACUUAUUAACAAGAGAGCAGACCUAGCAAUCUCAGCCAUCACUAUAACACCUGAAAGAGAGAGUGUUGUGGAUUUCAGCAAGCGGUACAUGGACUAUUCGGUGGGGAUCCUGAUCAAGAAGCCCGAAGAGAAAAUCAACAUCUUCUCUCUCUUUGCUCCUUUUGACUUUGCGGUGUGGGCUUGUAUUGCUGCAGCCAUCCCUAUAGUUGGUGUCUUAAUAUUUGUCUUGAACCGGAUCCAGGCAGUCAGGGCACAGAACGCUUCCCAGCCGAGCCCUUCUGCUUCCUCCACCCUGCACAGUGCCAUCUGGGUUGUGUACGGCGCCUUUGUUCAGCAAGGGGGUGAAUCUACUGUCAAUUCUGUGGCUAUGCGCAUUGUAAUGGGAAGUUGGUGGCUCUUCACCCUUAUCGUGUGCUCAUCCUACACAGCAAACUUAGCAGCAUUUCUCACAGUAUCAAGGAUGGAUAAUCCUAUAAGAACAUUUCAGGAUUUGUCCAAACAAAUGGAUAUAUCUUACGGUACAGUCAGGGAUUCAGCAGUGUAUGAAUACUUUAAAGCAAAAGGGACAAACCCUCUGGAGCAGGAUAACACAUUUGCUGAACUGUGGAGGACAAUCAGUAAGAAUAAUGGGGCAGAUAAUUGUGUAUCAAACCCUUCUGAAGGCAUCAGAAAGGCAAAGAAAGGAAACUAUGCUUUCCUGUGGGAUGUGACAGUGGUGGAAUAUGCUGCACUGACAGAUGAUGAAUGCUCUGUGACAGUCAUUGGAAACAGCAUCAGCAGCAAAGGAUACGGAAUUGCACUCCAGCAUGGAAGCCCCUACAGAGAUCUUUUCUCCCAGAGGAUCUUGGAGUUGCAAGAAAGCGGAGAUCUGGAUGUUCUUAAACAGAAAUGGUGGCCACGUAUGGGGCGUUGUGACCUGAAUAGCCACACCAACGCACAGACAGAUGGGAAGGCACUCAAGCUGCACAGUUUUGCAGGCGUUUUCUGCAUUUUAGCAAUAGGCCUUCUUCUUGCCUGCUUGGUGGCAGCACUGGAGUUGUGGUGGAACAGCAACCGUUGUCAUCAAGAAACUCCGAAAGAGAGCAGAUACAGCAUGGGCAGCAGCAGUGCAAACUUCCCCACAUUGCCUCACCAAUGUGCCUCAACCCUGACCUGGAGAGACCACCUUUAGGGCUCUGUAGUAUAGCGGGAGGUGUAGCAAAAUUCCUCUGAAGAUUACCACAAGUAUAUUGCCAGCGUUCAGGAUGAAUGAAAGAAAGACUUUAUCUCUUUCCAUGGCAGCCUUACAUGAUCUGCCUUAAAUUCCCCUGCCCCCAUGUUUGAUGAUAUGCAAAUUCCAGCCUACCUCAAAAAUCCGUACUUCCAGCUUUAGCAGUCAUGAAUGUUAUUCACUAGGACUUUCCUCUGGCAUUAGAAGAAUAUGAAACCCAGUGUACCUCAGAAAUGGAAAUAUGAGCUAACAGAUAUGAGUCCAAUGGAUCAAAAUUUGUCACAGCUAAGAAUUGUGAUCUGCACCAUAUUCUCCUACUAUUACUCCAUGGCAAUUGAGGCUUCCAUACCUUCAGCAUGGUGUCAGCAAUGUUGGUUUUAAUUAUUAAAGUCUUAUGCCUUCACCACUGUUUUCACUAUCCUCGUCUUUCUCUUUGUCACUUCAUUUACAUUGUCUCCUUUGUUAUCUUUUUAUCUGACAAUUUGAUUUCCCCUGGGAUGGUUCCUUUUGCGAGUGAAAGGAAACAUGAGAUCAUCAAGCUGAUGUUUUAUUUUCCAUUCAUUGCAUGUCUUCUAUAUUUUAUCUUUUCUUUUUUUUAAAUUAUUUUUUCUGUAUUUUUAUGACGUCUGAAAUCUUUGUACAUUUUUUGCUCAGUUGCAUAUAAGUGAUCAUUUGUUUGUACCACUGUAUUGUAUUCUACUUUUCUAAGAAAAAAUAAAGUGUUUUUGGGGAAAAUAAAUAAUGCAAACACUGGCAAAAUAAUGCAUUUUAAUGCCAUCUAGAAAUUCAGUUUCAAACUAACUUUGAAUAUAAUAAAAUUAAAAACUUCAGCUGGCAUUUUAAAAUCAGCAAAGUAGUGUUAGGAAUCAGUCAUUCCAGAACCCAAAAUUUAAUGUUAUUUCAUGACAAAGUACAAGCUCGAAGUAUCAGUUAGAGUCCAAAAAAAGAGGAUAUUUAAAUUGCUUUGUACAAGAACUGAAGUGUACCUUAACCAACUCAGUGUUGUCUUUUUACAUGAAUGAAGAAACAAGAUUUUCUCCUUAGAGGUCCCUAAUGGUGAUGCAGAUAUUCUGUAAUAUCUGAUCACAAGCAGUUUGUUCAUCCAGAAUCCAACGCAAUCGAUAAAGUCUUGCUAUUGAUCACCAUAGAUCUAUGUCCAGGUUGCAGUGGAUUAAAAGUGACGUGUCUACCCCAUGACUAAGGACAUUUGGCCCAGGCUCCUGAUACCCACAGUAUUCAAGCAUCCAUUUGGUGCCAGCAUAUGUCCCCAGGUGCAAGGAAGCGAUUUUUGUAUUUUGUUUAAUUUUUCUGUCAGUCAUAUAAGAAAAAUGGGAUUCUUAAGGAUAUGAUCUAGACUUACUUAGCAUAAACUCUAAGGAAAAAAAUAAAAGGAAAAGCUGAAGAGAAAUAAGUUUAAAAAAUGCAUGUUGCUGUACGGAGAACUCAGAAAGAAACAACCUGCUUAGAGUUCCAGUUUGGUAAUGAAUUUAAGUACUUGCUUAAGUUGCAUUAUAUGACCUAUCCCAGAGAACUUCUGUGGCUACUCAUGUGCUUGGCAUGAGCUUAUGUGUUUUACUGAAUUGGAGCCUUAAUGUGUCAGAUUCUUUUAGACUCUUCACACAAUGUUUACAGAGCUAAUGUUUGAUAUUUUAUCUCAGCCUACAGUGGGUGGUAUUGGAGAGUUGGCUUCUUGAG